GGUGGUCUCCUCUCUAUACGCUCUCUGGCGGUUAUGCCAACCCAGCAGCCAGGCGCCCGGUCCUGUCAGUCUCGGUAAAGAGGCGGUUUGUGAUUUUUGGGGAGCGCUGCGUCGCUUCGACUGAAUGGAAGUCGAUAUUCUGGAUUCUCUGGAGGACCUGGGGUAUCAGGGUCCCCUGUUGGAAGAUGGCUCUCUGCAAAUGGCCCUUAGUGGUGGAGCUGCUUCACCCGAGUUUACUAAGCUGUGUGCCUGGCUCGUCUCUGAGCUCAAACUCUACUGCAGGCUGGAGGAGAAUGUGCACGCCACCAACUGUCCAAGCGAAGCUGAGGGUUUCCAGCUGGAGAUGAGUGGUCUGCUUACUGAACUGGCCUGCCCGUAUUCCUGUCUCACCUCAGGAGAUGUCACUUGCCGCCUUCUCAACGCCAACAACUGCCAGCUACUGCUCACCUUUCUGAUCUCUGAGCUUGAGGCUUCGAGGAUGGUGUUGGUGAACCAGCCUCAGAAGAAAGCGCAGGACACAGGGGGCAGCACAGGUGCCAGUGAACUCUUCCUGGAACUCAAGGGGAUUUGUAUGGCUUUGGGUAUGUCUAAACCUCCAGCCAACAUCACCAUGUUCCAGUUCUUCAGUGGCAUUGAGAAGAAGUUAAAGGAGGCGUUAUCCAAAGUCCCUCCCACUCAUGUCGGGGGACCUCUCCUGAAAAAAACACUUGGUCCACUGCACUGGGAGAAAAUCGUAGCCAUCAACCAAGCACUUGUGAACGAGUAUGAAGUCAGGAGGAAAAUGUUGUUAAAACGUCUGGAUGUGACGGUCCAGUCCUUCGGCUGGUCAGACAAAGCCAAGAGUCAAAAAGAAAAGCUGGCCAAAGUGUACCAACCCCUGCGCUCAGCUCUUGCCAUUAAGGGUAAAAUAUCUGUGGCCAAUCUGCUGGCUGCCAGAGAGGACUUAUCAAAGAUUCUGCGCACAAGCAGCGGCCACAUCAGAGAAAAGACUGCCUGUUCCAUUAACAAGGUUUUGAUGGGUCGCGUUCCCGACCGAGGAGGUCGUCCCAAUGAGAUUGAGCCCCCGCCUCCAGAGAUGCCCACCUGGCAGAAGCGGCAAGACGGACCUCAAGGAGGCGGCGGAGGACAAUACUACGGCGGUGGUGGUGGACGGGGAGGAGGAGGAGGUGGUGGCAGAGGUGGCUACGACCAUCACCAAGGGGGCAGAGGGGGUGGAGGUGGCGGCAGAGGGGACAGGGGGAGUAAGGUACAGGGAGGAUGGUCGGAUGGCUCUGACCAGCGUGGAGGAGGUGGGUACCACGGCCAUUACCAAGAUGGAGGAGGAUAUCAGGGAGGUGGUGGCGGUGGUGGAGGACGAGGAGGAUACGGAGGUGGUGGCGGCUACCAGCAGGGCUCUGGGUACUACCAGGGUGGCCAGCAAGGAUACCAAGGAGGAGGAGGUGGCUAUCAAGGUGGUCAGCAAGGGCCAGGCUACCAAGGAGGAGGAGGAGGCGGCGGUGGCGGGUACCAAGGUGGGGGUGGACAUCAGGGCAGAGGCGGGGGCUACCAGCAUGAUGGCCACUAUCAAGACGGGGGCCGUCAACAGGAUAGAGGCGGCAGGGGCGGCCGUGGAGGGAGAGGACGAGGUGGUAGAGGGGGUGGAGGAGGAGGUCAAGGUGGAGGAUGGGGAGGAAGAGGAGGGCAGAAUUUUAACCAAGGCGGGCAGUUUGAGCAGUACUUCCAACAGGGCGGCCAACAGUACAGUCAGUCAGGCUUCGGGCAGGGCCGACAUUACACCAGCUGAAGGAGGAGAGCCUUGGACAGUCCAGGCUGGUCAGAGAGCAUCAUCAGAGGGGGAGAGGGAGGCCAGCGAGGUGCAGGUCAGUGCAGUGACAGACAGGUCGGUGUCAGCGAUCUCUUACCCCGGGGAACGUAGGUUAAGAUUUUGGAAUGAACGAUGUAUGCUUCCUCGCAUGCGUGUGGUUGCCAACAAACAAGCUCGUGUUCUUUCUACACCUUUCCUAACUGCUAAGCUCAUUCUCCAAGAGCACGUGGCUGAGAUGCCAACGGUGGCUCCAUCAGACGUCUGUUCGAUGCCUCAAGAGAUUUUAAUAUCACCUCUGUUACGUCACUUGCUUGAGCUGCCCCCAAAAAAAAAGGCCUUAUACCUGAUAUUGUUUCCCAGGGGAAAUUAGAAGUUUCAAGAUUUCAUUGUUAGACUAUUAUUUAUUGACAAACACCAUAACCUCUUAAGUUCAUUUCACGGUUUCUUAGACACGUUCAGCCAACCUCAUUGCGUACAUUGAUCGAUACUUGAAAUAAUUGAAACUUUGUUAGGGUUUUUUUUUUCUGUUUUGCUUUAAGUGUUGGUUUACAGUUACUCCUUGGAAGAUAAGAAUGAGGGAGUUGGCUGGGGAAAACGUCAUGUAGCGUGUAUACAAGGGUUACUUUUCCCCAUUACGUGGAAAAAAAAACUAAACAAAAGGACUUUGCCUCAUUUCAUUUAAAGAAGCCAGUGCUGCUUGUUGGACCGCGUUCCUUUUUGUGAAAGUAUUUUGAAUGAGUAAGAUUGCUCUGAGCAAUAAAGCAGUGUGUGAACGCUC